UGUUACCAGUGACUACUUUUGAUGUAAGAUUACCUGUGACAUUCGCCGUACUACGCAUGAUGUUGAACUACUGCCAAAGAAAAAUGGACUAGAAGAAGUACUAGGAAAAGCGACUAUAUUCGGAAUAAUUGUAGAUUCUACAGAACAGAGUGCACAAUUGAGAAGAUGGCAGAAUCAAGCAGAUGUUUUUAUGACGAAAGAGGAAACGAAAUAGAUGACCGACAUAAACAGAACAGACACACCAGAGAAAAUACAUAUUCUCGUGAAGACAGUCACCACGGAAGAGGCUAUAGAAAUCAGCGUGUACGACCAAGAUAUGAUAGAGGAGGUUGGGAUACAUAUGUAUAUCCUAGACACCCAAGAGGGAGAGGAGAUUAUUAUACACAUGAUAUGUAUAGAAAUGAUUUCAAUUAUAGAGAUUGUAGAAAUCAACGGGGAUAUUAUCAUUAUCGAAAUCAUAAUUAUACAAAUUUUGACAGACGUACUGUAUCAGGAAACUCUUGGGAAGAUCAGCAUAGACCAGAAAGAGAACGUGUCAGCACUGGGAACUGGGGAGGUUAUCCGGAUGAAUUAGGCUGGGGAAACUAUCCUAAAGAAUAUUCAUGGGAAAAGAAGUCUUUUGACCGUAAAAGAAAUAACAGUUCCUACCAUGACCAGGCUGGACCAGCACAAGGUUUGACGCUACGAAAUGGAUGCAAAGCUAAAAGUCAAGAAGAAAGCAAAGACACACACAAGGACACCAUAACUGACAAUAUUGAUACUAAAACCAAUGCGAUAAGUGAAGCUUCUGCACAAGUUUGUAAAACAAUCCAAACAGCUAAGUGCGACAAAACCGAUUCUGAUGCUUCUCUCAAAACAUGUAAUCCUGAUGAAAGUGUGCAAGAAACCGCAGUAUUAGAGAAGCUGAUGAGUACACUUGAAGUGUUUUCAAAUUCUUCAGAGGAACUAUCAAAAUCUGAUACUGCAGUAGAAGUAGAUGUUGGAAUGCUGAUUAAGUUAAGAUCAACGUCAUCUUCUAUUUCCUUAGCAUGGAGUUUUCAAAAACAAAAUAUACCAGAUUUGAGUUCAUAUGAAAUAAAAUACAGAGAAUGCAACAAUAAAAAUUCAAAAUGGAUUUCUGCAGUUACAAACGAUGAAACCUGUACAUGGACCAUACAAGAUUUACUUGGAGGUACUGAUUAUGAAUUCAAGAUCAGACCUUUGAACGAAAAUGGGGACGAAGGUCCAUUCAGCCGCCCACCUGUGAAAAUGUCUACAUCGUUAUCACUUGCAAGCCAACUGAUUCUAGAUGCAGAAAAUAUAUCUGAUGGAUCACCUUCAGUAUACAAACUGCCACUGAAAAUACCAACAGAAGCAGCAAACUUUGCAGUUAAAACAAGAAAAUGCAUCCUUGGACAAAGAACGGCCAGUUUCAGUCAAGAGAAAACAAUAUUACUUGUCGGAGCUACAGGAUCUGGUAAAACGACUCUUAUCAAUGCUAUGGUGAAUUACAUCACAAAUGUUGCAUGGGAUGAUACAUUUAGAUUCACUAUUAUUGAUUUGACAGACGAUGAAAAAAUGAAAGAAGACAAACAGGAACAGUCUCAAACAGAAUGGAUUUCAUGCUAUACUGUUCAUCAAAUGAAUGGAAGCAAUAUCAACUACAGUAUCAAUAUUAUUGACACCCCUGGAUUUGGUGAUACUCGUGGAAUUACAAGAGACAAAGCAAUUGUCGACCAAAUGCGAACUUUUUUCACCACCCCGGGAGAAUUGGGAAUAUCUGUCAUUGAUGCAGUGUGUUUUGUCACUCAAGCACCACUGGCACGAUUAACCCCACCACAAAAAUAUAUCUUUCACUCCAUUCUUUCGAUUUUUGGUCAAGAUAUUGCUAGCAAUAUCUUUGUUCUUGUUACAUUCGCCGAUGGUAAAGCACCCCCAGUUCUUGCUGCGUUAGAAGCUGCUAAUGUACCGUAUAACAAAUACUUUAUGUUUAACAACUCUGCCUUGUUUUCAAAUCCUCAAAAUGACAAAGAAGCUAUCUUUGGAAAACUAUUUUGGAAAAUGGGACAAGAGAACUUGCGCGUUUUCUUCGAGGAAUUACUUAUGGCGGAUUCAAGAAGUUUGCAACUCACAGCGGAAGUUUUGGAUACUAGACAAAGACUUGAAGCAACCGUACAAGGCUUAAAAUUACGACUUGAUGAAGGAUUGAAUAAAUUAAACACUAUUCGUCAAGAAGAAGAAAUAUUGGAAAAACACAAAACUGAUAUUGAAAAUAAUAGAAAUUUCACUUACACUGUGGAUGAGAUCCGAAUGGAGAAAGAAUCUUUGCCUCCGAGGCAAUAUGUGACCAACUGUUUAACAUGCAAUAGUACAUGUCAUUUUCCAUGUCAUGUCCGUGAUGAUGAAAAGAAACAUAAAUGCAGCGUUAUGUAUGACAAUUACUGCACUGUGUGUUCCAACCGGUGCCAUUGGAAAAUGCAUGUAAAUAAUGAUUUUCGCAUCAUUUCAUAUAGUGUUCAAGUUGAAAAAACGUAUGAAAAUCUAAAGGAAAAGUAUAAACUUGCAAAAGAACAAGAAAAAAAGCAGAGGUCAACAUUAGAUAGAGUUAAAUGCGCAUUCUCAUUUCUCAGCAAAUCGGUUAUGGUCAUAAUCAAUGACGUUCGUAUUCAUAUCAAUAAACUUAGCAAGAUCGCGUUGCGACAGGACCCAUUAAGCGACGUGGAGUAUAUUGAUAUACUGAUCGAGAACGAAAAAACUGAGAGGAAGAAUGGUUGGCAAAAUAGAUGUAAACUGUUUUGUAAAUUUCGAGAUGAAGCUGAGCUUAUUGCUAAAACAUCAGAUCAAAAUUUCAUGCCGUUUGGAGAAAACUUAAAUCCUUGAUCAUAACAUGAUGAGCCUUCUGAAGACGAUAUGCGCGUCUGGCGUACAAAAUUAAUUUCGGUAUAUAUGAUGAGUUUACUUGACAUAGAUAAUAUACCUAUAAAAUUUAUUAAUCUUCACGGUAUAAAAUCAUUCUAUAAAUAAUGUGUCAAAGAUGAAUGAUGUGUUCAUAAGUACUAGGUUCAUAGUUGAGACAGGCCUAUGAAUAUAUUGUGGCAGGGUUGAACUAUUGUAUUGAGAUCUCAACCCUCCCCCUUUUUCUAGCUUACCUGACCUAAAAGGCCAAGUGAGCUUUUCUCAUCACUUGGCGUUCGUCGUUGUUGUCUGUCGUCACUAUUAACUUUUAAAAAACCUUCUCCUCUGAAACUACUGGGCCAAGUUUAACCAAACUCACAAUCAUCAUAGGGUAUCUAGAUUAAGAAAUGUAUAUAGAAUGGUCGACAUGGCGAAAAAUAGAACAUAAGGGUAAAAUGCAAGCUGUGCCUAUUAUUAUUACAACCACUAUAAACUGGAGACAAUCCGACAGGGGUAUAAUGUUUUGAAUGUUGAGUUCUACCUAUUGUUUAUUAAAGUCAAAACUUUCAGACGACUUCUUAUAGGAGUAAUUGUCCUUAAAUGAUGAUUUUUUUUUCAUUUUAUGCCUAUUAUCUUAAAAAUUAUAAUAUAUAGACAGAAACUUUAAAUAGCAUAAAUGAUUAACAAGACAAGAUCUACAAAUCAUUUAACAUGGCCGAAAUCUUCAGUCGACUCCUUAUCAGAGUUAUUGCCCUUUAAUGACGAUUUUUAUCAUUUUUUGCUAUAUUGCCUAACAUCUUAAAAACAGUAUUAGAUAGAAAGAAACUUUUAAUCGGAAAAAAGGAUCAGCAAGACAAGAUCUACAAAAAAGUCAACAUGACCGAAAAUGUUAGUCGACUCCUUUUUGAAGUAACUGCCUUUUAAUGACGAUUUGUCCCAUUUUUGUCCAUUAUCUUGAAAACUGUAAUAGAUGGAUAGAAACUUUAGAUAGCACAAAUGAUCAGCAAGAAAAGGUUCACAUAGAAGCCAAAUUAUCGAAUUCUUCAGUCGACUCGUUAUUGGAGUUCUUGCACUUUAAUGAUAAUUUUUAUUAUUUUUUUUUGCAUUUUUUGUCUUUUUAUCUUGACAACUAUAAUAGAUAAAUAGAAACUUUAAAAUGAAAAAUUAUCAGCAGUAUAAGAUCUACAAAUAUGUCAACAGGACUGAAAUUUCGGUCAUAGGAUAAGAAACAGUUUUAUAAUAGUAUGCAAUAAUUUUUACCAGAUAUUACUUCAUGUCAACCUACACCCUUACAUAUCGGUUCCUGUAAUUUUUCAUACAAACAAUGUCAUAACAAUACAGCCACGAUCUUUUGCAAUGCCUAUUAUACAAACUGUAGACAAUUUCAGUGCAAGAAAACAAAAUAAAAAUGUUUCUAUUGCUUUCAAACUAUAAAUUUAGUGAAUUGAAUUUAUCUCAAAAUAUACCAGAAUUAAACUUGUUUGACAUAAUGUUAAAAAAAAUAUUAUAUCAAUUGAUAUUUCCGAGUUUCUGAGAUAAUCUCUUCUACGUGUACUACUGCUCUAGUUUUUUGCUGUAUAUGUUUAUCGAAAUAUUCAAUCUGUCCAAAUCUUAUGUUCUGUGACUCUCUGUCAAGUUAAUUUUAAAAAUGAUCUAAGUGCA